AUGUGUACAGAAGUCACCAACACUGAUGUAUUAUCAAUACCUGUAGAAGAAAAUAAUCCUUCAUUUAAUGAAGGAUUUAUGGAAAGUAGUAAUAUAAUGGAGAGAUUAAAUCGUUCUUACUCUGCAAGUUCUAUUUUACGACUCAAAAGACGAUGCGAUGAUAGUGCAAAGAUCAAACGAAGUCUGUCAGAAGCUAAACUUUCUUUGCAAAGUUCAUGUUCUGAUUAUGAAGGGGAAAAAAGUCAAAUAACUGUUGGUGUUCGUGUCAGGCCAUUACUACCUAGAGAAGGUAUGAAUGGUGUCAAUGUUAGUGAUGGUAGUAUUGUUGUUGCGAGUGAUCUUGGAUCAGAAUUUACAUUUUCAUAUGAGCAUUGUUUUUCACCAUCUUGCACUCAAAGUGAAGUUUAUGAUGCACUGGUUCGUCCGUUGUUGGAUAAUGCUGUACAAGGCUAUAAUGCUUGCCUCUUUGCAUAUGGACAAACUGGGUCAGGAAAAACAUACAGUAUGAUGGGACCAAAUCUAGAUGAAGAUAAUUUUGAAUUGACGUCAGAAUCAGGAAUGAUCCCUCGAUUCUGCAAGGAGCUUCUUCAGAAAACAGCUACCUUGGAAGAAGAGUGUCCAUCUCUCACUACUUCGGUAGAAGUGUCUUAUUUAGAAGUAUACAAUGAAAAAAUACAUGAUCUCCUUGUACCUGGUAAUACGCAGCUGAGAGUACGUGAACAUCCUGUGCAUGGUCCGUAUGUUCAUUGGAUAAACGUUGGGAACAAAAAGAGGUCUACUGCCAUGACAGAAUUAAAUGACAAGAGUUCAAGAUCUCAUUCUCUGUUUACAAUUCUACUAACGCAAACCUCUGCCCAGGUUCGCAGUGAUGGAACUUGGAGCCAUGAUCAAACAAGAAGAAGUCAUAUAAAUCUUGUUGAUCUAGCUGGGAGUGAAAGAAUAGCAAGUUCUACUGUUUCUUCCGACCGCCUGAGGACAAGACUUGAGGGAUAUGCAACACCGGUAUGCUAUUCCUCCCCUCUCCCCCACCAACUUGAUCUUUACUGUUUAAAGAAGUAA